AUGAUGACUUCUUCAUCGAAUGGUGAUCCUGGUCGUGAAAUUGUCGUAGAGCUCACGAAGCAAUCUUGUGUAUAUGAAAUAUGGAUAUGUUUUAUUAUUAUUCCUAUUGUGAUUAUGAUAAUAAUUCUUGUGUACUGUUUGGUAAGAAGAAUCUUAAUCCGCAAGAAGAAAAAGGUGGUUCAUCAUGUGUCUAUACGUUUCCCCUUGCCUCCUCCAAUAGGUGAAUCAUCCGAUGAUAUCAUGGAUGAAACACAAUACGAUGUACGUAAGCCAGCACUACGAGAUACAAAAUCAAAAGAUUCCAAUGAGGAAGGAAUUGGAUCCACUGAGAUAGAAGCCGACUCAAGAGAAGAACAAGUUCCCACCAUUGCAACUAUGAUGCGAGAAGAAAGGAGAGAAGAACCAAAAUCAGCAGAGAAGAAUGGAAAGAAAAAGGGAACACAACUUCUGUUUGAAGCGCCGCCACCUUAUGAACAAAACAUACCAGUGUCGCCAGGACGAGAGCGAAUGGUAACUUCCAAGCUAGCCAACAUACCUGCUAGCACGCGGACCAUAGCUGCUCUACGACCUCUGCUAUGGUCGACGUACUUGGAGCCAACUCAAUGUGAAAUUUGGGUACAGUUCGCUGUCGACAACGGAGCAGCUUUUCAGACUCAGAAGACGCAAGCUUCAAAAGAAGAGUCGGAUAAAGAUCGCAAAAGUCUGAAAGAAAACCAUGAUGCCCAGAAUAAUUUGACGGAUGAAACGGCUCAGAGCGAAUCUUGUCGACCAUCACGGCGGGAUCCAUCACAUCACGAUCCCGAUCUCGCACAAACUCAACAGACGACAGAGGAUGAAGAAACUGACAUUGAACGCUCUGAUUGA